AUGUCUGGAAAAUUAUAUCAUAAUUGUCCCAACGCAGGCAACCCCUACCAUGAGUGCAGUGAUCGAUGUUUCGAGCGGAUCAACUCUAGAGGUGUCCCCAAGAAGGAGAAGAAGUCAUUUGGCUUUGGUAAGCCAGCUUGGAGAAAGGAAAGUCAUCCUAUCAGUCCGGUUCGUGUUGUUGCGGAAAAUAGAUGGCCACUUCUGAGUUAUUACGCUAAGAAGAUGGUCGCAUCAGAGUCUCCUUCAUGCUCAUCCUCUGAUGAUACCUUCAACGUAAACCUGUCCAGACCGCCUUCUCCUCUACAUGGAAACAAGUCUGAAUCAGUUAUAAAUUGGCUCCCAAUGUCGCCUUCUCUCGCUGUGUACUGCAAGAAAGAUUCUUUUGCAUCAAAUGUGAGCAUUUAUUCUCUGUCUCUGUGCUAUCACUCCUCUUUGUUUAGUGUAUAUCUUUUUGGUGAGAGUCUCAUGUUUCCUCUCUGCAGUUUGAUCACCGUGCGCUGA